AUGGCCGCCGCUGCUCGGCGCGUGAGUGCGGCGAGUGCGAGUUCCGCCGCAGCUGGCCUCGCUCACGGCCCGCUUGAGGGCAUCCGGGUCCUGGAUCUGUCACGCAUCCUUGCUGGGCCGUACUGCACCAUGAUGCUCGGCGACCUGGGCGCAGAGGUCAUCAAGGUCGAGGCUGUGGCAGGUGGCGAUCCGACCCGCAAGUGGGGCCCGCCGUUUGCAGAGCGGAUCGACGACACAGACGAGGCUAGUGAGUCGGCCUACUUUCUCUGCGUCAACCGCAACAAGUCGUCCAUCGCCGUCGACUUUAAGAGCGAGCGCGGCGUGGCGCUCAUCAAGGCGCUCGCCGCCGUCUCGGACGUCGUCGUUGAGAACUUUGUGCCAGGCAAGCUCGCUCAGCUUGGCUUGGACUUUGACUCGCUGGCACCAGGCAACACCCGCGGCGGCCUGAUCUACGCCUCAAUCACUGGAUUUGGGCCCGACGGUCCGCUCGCCACUCGCGCCGGCUACGACGUCAUCGCCGCCGGCAUGGGCGGCCUCAUGGGUAUCACCGGCGAGGCCGAUGGGCCGCCGGUCAAGGUUGGUGUUGCUAUCACAGACAUUGCAACCGGCAUGCUGGCUCAGGGUGCCAUCUCAUCGGCGCUCCUUGCCCGCGAGCGCGGCCUUGCGCCGCCCGAAGGCCAGAAGGUCGACCUUUCGCUGUUUGAGACCCAGCUGGCGUGCCUUGUCAACAUCGGCUCCAACUACCUGAUCGGCGGCAAGAAUGGCAAGCGCUGGGGCACCGCGCAUGAGUCCAUCGUCCCGUAUCAGGCCUUCCCUACCGCCGACGACGACGGCUACAUCAUUGUCGGCGCCACCACCGAUGCUCAGUUUGCCAAACUCGCCGCCGCGCUCCACGACGAGUUGCCCCAGCUUGCCGACGCACCCGAGCUGUUUGGCACCAACGCGCUGCGCGUCGCCCACCGCGAGGAGCUUGUUGGCCUCCUCUCGUCGUUCACCGCAAUCCGCACAACUGCCGAGUGCGAGGCCUUCUUUGCCUCGCUCGGCCUCGCCACCGGGCCCAUCAACUCGAUGGAUGAGGCCUUUGCUAACCCGCAGGUUGCCGCCCGUGACAUGGUUGCCACCAUCGACCACCCAACUGCCGGCCCGGUCUCGCUCGUCGGCCUUCCGGUCAAGUACUCGGCUACGCCUGGCUCCAUCCGCCUCCCGCCGCCUCUCCACGGCGAGCACACCCGUUCGGUCCUCGAGUCGACGCUCAACCUCUCGGCGGCUGAGAUUGAUCAGCUCAUCGCCGACGCCGUAGUCAAGGCUGUUUAGUUCAAGCGCCCCGAUGUGGAGGGAAAGUAGGAUACAAGGUUUGACAAGGCUCGCAUUGCGAGUUACUUCCACACGCCGCCGCGGGCGCGCGCAGCCUGGCCCACACGGGCCAUGCGCGGUUUGCGCGGCGGUUGCCAGUUGGCGAGCGC